CGUCUUACUCGAAGUAUCAGUUUUCAAAUCUUCGAUUCCAUCACUGAUAUUUCUCUCCUUCUUUCCCUUUCUCUCUCUCUCUCCCUCCGCCGAAGAUGGCGCCGCCUGCGGCAGCAGUUGAAGGCGGCCAGGCACCGCAAGGGAGGCAGCAACAGCCGCAAGGAGGGUUCGGCCUCACAGGAAUCAUACGCAUGGUCGUUUUCUGGUACUUCGCUUCUAAAUUCUUCUCUCCCAAAAAACCUACCGAACCUUCCGCUCUCAUCUCCAAUCUCUUCCAGAAAGCACAGCCUCUGGAUAUGUGGCUUUAUCUUUCCGAGAACGAGAAGUUCAACGACUUUGGUUCUGAAAGUUCACUUGUAUGGCAUGAAACCAAUAUUCCGUAUGCUGUUUGGGGAACUGAGAGUACCAGGACUCUUACUUUGGACUAUAAUCCAUCGGAGUCUUUGAAGCAUAAUGGGAGUCUAUAUGCUCAUGUUUUCUUCGCACACUCUGGCUUUUCACCCGACCCAAGUGAUCCAGAAUACCAGCCUCAGGCAGCAUUUGGAAGGACACAUCCUGUUGUGACGUACUUGCCCAAGUCUAAGGCAGAUAAAAAGAAAAGUCUGUUGGGAGGUUCGCCAGAUUCUAGUGAGGCUCAAGUGACAUCCAAGGUGGUCGAUGAACCUGAAGAAGAUGAUGAUUCUAAGGAUGAUGACUCUAAGGAUGAUGGUCCUGUGGAGUGGGUUUCAUAUUGGAAACCAAAUAUAACAAUUAACUUGGUUGCUGACUUCACUCAGUACCCAAAAACAGGUGUAGCACCAAACAUUGCUCCAUACUUGAACGUUGAUCCUUUCACCGGGAACUACUAUCCAAUUGUUUAUUUCAAUGAGUUCUGGUUACUCCGGGAUAAGUUGAUACGUUUGAAUGAGACAGUGACUGAAUUACGUCUUAACCUGGAAGUUGGUCCCAUUAGUAUGACAAAGUGGCAGUUAUUCCUGCAGAUUGACCAAUCCUUCCAGAUUCACCGUAAUUAUGGAAGCAUGCUUGAAGGCGAGGCUGAUGAACUAAAGAGGGUGUUCUUGGAAGGAAAUCCUUACCUCCUGGCAAUUACCAUGGUUGUUUCACUUCUUCAUUCAGUCUUUGACUUCUUGGCUUUCAAGAAUGACAUCCAAUUUUGGAACAAAAAUAAAUCUAUGGAAGGACUCUCGGCAAAGACUGUUGUUGUUAGCUUUGUUUGUCAGCUUAUUAUCUUCCUUUAUCUGCUUGACAACGACACCUCUUGGAUGAUUCUUGCUAGCUCUGGAAUUGGUUGCGUUAUUGAGUUCUGGAAAAUUGGAAAAGCCAUGCGCAUAGAGAUUGAUAGGUCAGGAAGGAUACCUAUGUUGAAGCUUCGUGAUCGAGAGUCAUAUGUCCGAAACAAGACAAAGGAAUAUGAUGAUAUUGCGAUGAAGUAUUUAUGCUAUGUUCUGUUUCUCCUUGUUGCUGGAUUUUCUGUUUACUCACUGAUGUAUGAGCGUCACAAGAGCUGGUAUUCUUGGAUUCUGUCUUCUCUCACAAGUUGUGUAUACAUGUUUGGUUUUAUUAUGAUGUGCCCUCAAUUGUUCAUCAACUACAAGCUCAAAUCUGUUGCUCAUCUACCUUGGAGGCAAAUGACUUACAAGUUUCUCAACACCAUAAUUGAUGACCUUUUUGCCUUUGUUAUUAAAAUGCCAACACUGCAUCGGCUUUCUGUUUUCCGUGAUGAUCUUAUCUUCCUCAUAUACUUGUACCAGAGGUGGAUUUAUCCAGUGGACAAGAAACGUGUAAACGAAUUUGGUUUUGGAGGCGAGGAUGAUCAGGCUGUGGCCGAAACAGACGCUGCGAAGGAAGAAGAGAAGAAAACUAAUUGAUUUGGUUUUCUCUCAACAGUUUGAGAAAAUUUUACAGUAGAUACUUGAUACUGUAGAAUUUCAACGGGGAUUAAUUUAUUUUUCUCCCCCUUUUGUUACACAUUUGCAUUUAGAAUUUUGUCUAAAGAAAGCUUUAGUUUGGCCUUGCCUACUGGAAUUUUUACUAGGACCAAAGGAUGGCGACUAUUUAACUACUGAGACCGUCUUGCAGCUUUUAGUUUACCCCUCUGUAGCUUUUCUUUAUUUUCAAAUGUCUUAUUUUUGUGAUAGAUGACCCUUUUAUGUAUUAUUUUAUUCCACCCAUGUGUAGUUUUAACUAAUUUAUUCUUGGUUUUGGUUUA